AUGAGAAUGGAUCAUGAGGAACUGAGCAACAACUUAAAGAAGAAGAGAAGGGAGAGAGUGAGUUUUUCAGCAAGUUUGCCAGAAGAUAUUCAUGGGAUGUUUGCAGACAGUGAUUGUGCAGUUAAGUACUCUUCUGAUCCAUUCAACGAAAUUCGAAAAUCGAUAGUAAAGAUGAUUCAGUACGUUAAAGUUCAAGAUUGGAAUGAUAUUGAGGAGUUGAUCUAUUGUUAUAUCGCUCUCAACUCCCCAGAUGUUCAUAUCUACAUUACAGAUGCUUUCCUCAGCUUAUCCACUCCAAGAUUCACCAAACGUCGCAACUAA